AUGCUUCUCAAGUCUGUUCUUGUUUGUCUGGCUGCAAGUCAGCUCGCCGCUGGUCACGGUGCAAUCAUUAAGGCCGUAGGAGACCAAGGUGGAACUGGACAAGCUCUUGGUGUUGAGGACACAACACCCCGUGAUGGUGCCACCCGCAACCCCUUCCAACAAGACUCAACGCGCUUCAGGAACGCUGCCGCCGAUGCCUGCGGUGAGACUCUCGGUGGUGGGACCAACGACCCAGCAACCCAGGUCCCGGCAAUGCUCGCCGCGAACGGCGGACAAAUGCCUCAAAUCUCCGCUGGCGGAAUGGUGAUGAUGACUCUGCAUCAAGUCAACGGUGACGGUGCCGGGCCAUACGAAUGCAUGAUCGACAGCACCGGAGCCGGAACACAGUGGACCGCCAUGCAGGUCGUAACCAACGUCCCCGGCACAAACUCAAACAGCAGAGCCAGAGCCACCGAUUUCCCGCUCACAGCAAAAGUCGCCGCAACACAAACCUGCACAGGAACGGUUGGCGCCAUGGAAGGCGUCUGCAUGGUGCGCUGCAACAACGACGCGCGCGCUGGGCCCUUCGGCGGCUGUGUCCCUGUACAGAUGGCGAGCGCGGCUGGGAAUGCGACUGCUACAGCUGCGAAGAUGGCGAGGUCGUUCCAAGCUUAG